GGGGCCGGCGCACGGCAGCCGUCUCCGCUGCGGCCGCCUGCGCUGCGGCCGGAAACAAUAGUGGAGGAGCCUGGGCCGCGAGGAUCGGCUGCUGCAGCGCGCGAAGCCGGACGGGGCACUAUGAACGAAGAGGAGCAGUUUGUAAGCAUUGAUUUGAAUGAUGACAACAUCUGCAGUGUUUGUAAACUGGGAACAGACAAAGAAACACUCUCCUUCUGCCACGUUUGUUUUGAGCUAAAUAUUGAUGGAAUACCCAAAUCUAAUCUCUUGCACACCAAAUCAUUAAGGGGCCAUAAAGACUGCUUUGAAAAAUACCAUUUGAUUGCAAACCAGGAUUGUCCUCGAUCUAAGCUUUCAAAAAGUACUUAUGAAGAAGUUAAAACCAUCUUGAGUAAGAAGAUAAACUGGAUUGUACAAUAUGCACAAAAUAAGGAUCUGGAUUCAGAUUCCGAAUGUUCUAAAAAUCCCCAGCAUCACCUGUUUAAUUUCAGGCAUCAGCCAGAUAAAAAGUUACUCCCACAGUUUGAAUCCCAAGUACCAAAGUAUUCUGCAAAGUGGAUAGAUGGAAAUGCAGGUGGCCUCUCAAACUGUACACAAAGAAUAUUAGAACAGAGGGAAAAUACGGACUUUGGGCUGGCUGUGUUCCAAGAUUCAGGUGCCACUUUAUGCCACAAUAAUGAAUUGUGGCCUCAGGAACAGAAAAAAGAAGAGACAGUCUCUAAUCCAGAGGCUAAUGUCCAUACCCAGCAUCCACAUUACAGCAGAGAAGAAUUGAAUUCGAUGACUCUUGGUGAGGUAAAGCAACUGAAUGCAGAGCUCCGACAACAAAUACAGGAAGUUUUUGAAGAGUUAGCCCACCAAGUGCAAGAAAAAGAUUCUCUGGCCUCAGAGCUCCAUGUGCGCCACAUUGCCAUCGAACAGCUUCUCAAGAACUAUUCCAAGUUACCGUGUCUGCAAAUGGGACGAACGGGAAUGAAGUCACACCUACCCAUAAACAACUGAACUCAACUUACACGUCCUUCCUAUGGCCUGCCGGGCAUGCACACUUUGAAGAAGUUGAAGAAAGUUAUGGUCAAUUAUUUUAUGGUCACUAAAUUUGCAAAACUUAAGGCAGUGUUUAACAUCUUUCUCAAAUAAAGCAGAUCAUUACACUCUAGUC